AUGCAUUUAGGAAAUAACUAUGACAGCGCAAGUGAUGAUUCACCAGCAACACCAAGAAGGACUUUCAGAGUCAGAAAUAAACCUAAAAAAUACCAGGAUUUUUUCGAGACUACACCCACUAAACACGGAAUUUCUACAAGAUACGGAAAUAUUACUUCUGAAGAUAGUACUGAUGAUGAUGAAUUGAAUAUUAAAACACUUACUCUAAAACCUAAAGCCCUCUUUGGUUCUGAUGAUGUUGAAGGACAAGAUAUGUUUAAAUUUAAAAGUCGUCAUACAAAGCUAGAUCUUCAAAAUAAGGUCAAGGAAGCCAUUGGUUCCCCCAUACUAAAUACCCCAAAGACACCAAAAAGAAAUCAGCAUUUAGUUAAUAAAGAUGAAGCAACACCAAAACAAGUUGUCAACUUGUUAAAGAAAAGAAUUAUAAAAAAAUUGGAGAGUGAUAGUGAAGAAAGUGAUUUCUCUGCAAGCAGUAGUGAUUUUGUACCAGAUAAAAGUGAAAAUGAGUCUUCAUCGGACUCGAGUUCUGAAACCGAAGCAGUUGAAAAAGAAAUAGCACCCAUUGUGAGAAACAGAUGUCAUAAAGCCAAACAAAAGGAUUCUGAAUAUAUUGUAACUCCAGAUAAUUAUUUCAUGAUGAACUCAAGCAAAAAGAUAACAACAUCAGACCAUACAUUAGCAAGGUUAAAAAAUAUGAAUUUAAAUGAAAAUCUUAAGGAAAUGGAUGCUCACAUAUCAAAGGAACACCAAAACCGAAUUACAGAUUUGUUACAUGGCUAUAAUGAAUUAUUUGACAAAUGGCUUUAUGUUCUUGGUGAAAAUUUCAACAUAAUUCUCUAUGGUAUAGGAUCCAAGCGUGAAGUUUUGCAUAGAUUUCAAAUAGAAAAACUAAAAAAUGUACCAUGUAUCAUCAUAAAUGGAUUCUUUCCAAGUCUCAUGAUAAAGAAUGUUUUAGAGGCAAUAGUGGUUGAUUUAUUGGGUAAUUCGCAUGUACCAUCAAAUUUAAGUGAUGUUGUUAAUUUCAUUGAUAGCCAAUUGAAAGAGCGUGAGACUGACUUAUUCCUAAUAAUACACAAUAUAGAUGGUACAAUGCUAAGAAAUAGCAAAGCUCAGUCAACAUUGGCCAGCAUUUCUGAGUUAAAAAAUGUCCAUACUAUAGCAACAAUUGACCACAUUAAUGCACCACUGUUAUGGGACCAUUCAAAGUUAAGUAAAUACAAAUUCAGUUGGUGGGACAUAACAACUUUCCUCCCUUAUACAGAGGAGACAUCAUUUGAAAAUUCUCUCAUGACUCAAAGAAGUGGAGCUUUACAAUUAUCUUCAUUGAAAAGCGUCUAUCAGUCCCUUACCACUAAUGCCAGAGGAAUUUUUAAUAUUAUUAUACAAUAUCAACUUGAAAAUCAGAAACAAAAUUAUCAAGGAUUACCAUUCAAGGAUCUAUACUCUAAAUCCCGGGAGCAAUUCCUGGUAAGUUCUGAACUUGCACUGAGAGCUCAGCUUACUGAAUUUCUGGACCACAAACUAGUCAAAUUCAAGAGAACUUUAGAUGGCAGUGAAAAUCUUGUGAUUCCUAUUGAAAGUGUACUCUUGCAACAGUUUUUGGAACAACAGAGUACAUGA